UCAUUCAUCUCGGCGAGCCUCUGACGACAGAGAGAGAGAGAGAGAGAGAGCGCGAGCGAGAGGAACAGACACGACUCGCGUUUUCCAACGGCUUUUUUUAAAAUGCUGCGCGGAGAAGAAGAAGAAGAAAAAACAACCAGCAACAAGUUGUUAUUUUAAGGCAGAAAAAAAAAUUCUAUAAACCGAGUGGGACUAUUUUCAUACCCGGAUAUUACUCGCGACGUUGGUGUAUGAGGAGGAUUUUUUUUUUAUAUUAAUGCUUUUUAACCCGAAACGGCUUCGUCGUGUGUCGGGACACAAAAAACGGGGCGCUUUUUUCCCUUCAGCUCGGCGUUCCUGGGUGCGCAGCCUUACGCGUGGAUUUUAAUAUAUAUUUUUUCAUUAUUAUUCUUAUUAUUAUCAUUUAAAGGAGCGUAUUUAGACCAUACGGAAUAGAGCGCUUCUGCACUGCUGUGUAUGGAUAUUAACUACCAGGCUGAUGAGCCGUAAACGUGGUUUCGAGCCCCGUUUUGGAAGUGCAACAUCGGCUGAUGGAGUUAACGUUAUGGAGGAUCGCGUAUAGGUUCUCCGAUGUUCCCGGACUGCACGGUUCCACAGGAAGUCGUUGAUUCGGUCAGAUGGAUCGUGGAGGCCACGUGGGCACCGUUCUCUCUCUGGAUCAGAUCCGCUCUAUACGUUCCAAGAACGAGUACACCGAAGGCCCCGUGACGUCGCCGGCAUCAUCGCCGUCGUCUACGACGUCGACGCGGCAACCGUCUGCGCCGUCGUCGUGGCGCCCAUCACCACCACCCCGGACGCUGAAGCACGAGAGAACUCACGAGGUCAUCGUGGUGAAUGUCAACAACAACAAUUACGGAAGCAGUAGCACCGGUGGCUUCUCUCCAUCCGCGGGAAGCUCGCCACCUUUCCGCCAUGUGGUUAGGACACAGCCCAAAUCACAGCUGGCGCCCUUGCGGCCUUUGUUCCCUCCCUCGGACACUCUGUUGAUGUCGAAGCAGGUGAAAUCGAAGGGCGAGUCAUUGUUAUCAUCGUCCUCUUCGUCAUCCUCUUCGUCGUCGUCGCACCAGCUGAUCUGCGAGAGCUGCGGGAAGUGUAAGUGUGUCGAGUGCACUUCACCGAGGCCACUUCCCUCGCGGAUGGUGUGCGACGGCCAGUGCGUGUGCUCGGCCGAGAGCGUGCUGGAGCAUGGCACGUGCAUGUGCCUCGUCAAGGGCCUUUUCUACCACUGCUCGAGCGAGGGUGGAGAUGACGCAGGCGACUCGUGUGCCGACCGUCCGUGCUCACUGACGCGGCCUCGCUGUCCAGCGCGCUUCCUCUGCAUGGCCCUCAUGGCACCCGUCUUCCCCUGCCUGCUCUGCUACCCUCCCUGCAAAGGGUGCCUCAAAGUGUGCCAGGUGUGCCACGACCGCCUGCGCCGGCCCGGUUGUCGCUGCAAGAACUCAAACGCCGUCUACUGCUGGAGGGACGGCCAGGGACAUGCGCUCACACCGGGCAAACCCACCUGAGUGGGUCAGGACACACAAACGAGACACUAACAAACACGGAGCCGAAAACACAGGCACUAACACACACAGGAUUAAGGGCUUAUUAUUAUUAUUAUUAUUAUUAUUAUUAUUAUUAUUAUUAUUAUUAUUACUUUUUGGCCCCAUUCGGCUUCCAUACUCAAGCUAAAACAUGCAGAGUCGAAUCUGUGCUAACACACAGCAGGGAGUCCAAAUCCACGCUAACAAACACACUGAGGUCUGAACGUGUGCCAGGCGUGUGUCGCUAAUUAGUUAUGCAAUGUCAAUAUCGUUAUCGUGGAUGCUUUGAAAAUAUCGUCAGCGCCACUGUGGAGUGAGGACUGCCGUGUCCUCGUCUUUGCCAGCACAGGCAAUUCCAUAAUGCUCUGGUGUGCAUUGCGCAAACAUCACAAAACAGUGCUAAGAUGUUGUCAUACUGCAACAUUACAAGUGUAACAUGACACAUGGCUUAAAAAAAGCGCUAAAAUACAGUGUGGGACGCAAAACCCAGGGUGAGUCCCAGGACACACAACACCGAUCCGGGAGGAAGAGGACGGACCACGAUAUCCUGACUAUGCUCUAAAUAAGCCCCGCCUGUUCCUCACCGAUCUGCUGCUAGGAGGAUGGAGGAUGAAAACGCAAAACCACUCGUUUAUUUGUCACUUGGCAGGUUUUUUUGUUUGUUUUUGUUUUUUGUUUUUAACAAAACCAGUGUUUGCCUUAAACUGACUGCGGGUCUGCUCAGCUACUUGAUUAAAGAGACAAAGUGAAAAAGGAGGAGAAGAAGAAAUAGAAAAAAAAUAGAAGAAGAAAAUGUUUUAAGCAAACGAGAGAACCGAACCGAAUCGAAUCUGUGAAGGACUGUCCGGCCAGCCUAUAAUACUGUAGCUGUUCCCAGAUCGCCGUAGCAACCUGGUAUUGUUCCCACACAGAGGGCUUCCCGUGCCUUCCCGCGGGUCGUCUCCAUGGAAACGACCCCUCCGUCUGGUAGUGUUUCCGGACGGACAGACGGGUGGACGUUCAAACACACACACACACACUCCGUGGCAUUUUGACUUUUGUUUUUUUCUCCCUGUUGUUGUUUUGUUGUUUUAUUUUCUCUCCCCUUUUCUCAUAUUUUUGUAAAAAAAAAAGCAAAAAAAAUGUAUGUUCAAAUCCAUCAGAGGAAUCCUGGCUAUUUUUUAAAAAGUUACAAAAAAGAAAAUGUCUGUUUUAAAAACAUUUGUUUUUGUCAUUGUAAAAAAAAAUAUUUAUUAAGUGAAGCUCUAUUAUUUUAUGAUAUUUAUUGCGAAACAAAGACAGUCUUAGAUUUACUCAUGUCUGAAUAUAACAGAAAUAUCAAUACUGAGAAAUUAAAGGGUGACACAAACGUUAUGUUAACUUUACUGCAGAAAUAUAUGAAUUAACUAAUAACA